AUGAAUCCCUCGCCGACAUCCGAUUGCUGUCAAAGCCUGCCUCCCUUGCACCAGUACAGCAGGGCUCGCCAAGACAUCCGCACGAUCCUGGAGGCCGAGUUGCAGCUAUCCCAUCGCGUCCGUGAAUCGCUCGACAUCAUCCGCGAAACAUUCGAGCAGUUCGGCGUCGAGCAUGUGGCCCUCAGCUUCAACGGUGGCAAGGACUGCACCGUGAUGCUGCAUCUCGUCGCCGCUGUCCUCGCAGAGCAACAACACAAGCACCCUGAAUCAUGGGCGCCCAUCAAGACGCUGUAUGUCACUCAUCACUCGCCCUUUGGCGAGGUCGAUGACUUUGUCGAGUUUGUCGCGACAAGGUGA